UCACAUGCAAAACCGUAGUCUCCAUUAGUAAACAAGUAGCUUACUACUGUAUUAUUUUUCUUAUCCUGCUUUUGCUAGCUAGCUAGCCUGCUUCCAUGGCACCCUCAAUUGUUCUUGUUUCAUGGAUGGUUUUAGGCCUUGUAAUGGCAACUUCAACUACUCAAGUUGAAGCUGCCAGGGCAUUUUUUGUAUUCGGUGAUUCUCUGGUUGACAAUGGCAACAACAACUUCCUAGCAACCACUGCUCGAGCUGAUUCCCCUCCUUACGGCAUCGAUACUCCCAGUCGUCGUGCCACCGGUCGCUUCUCAAAUGGCAAAAACAUUCCUGAUUUUAUCAGUGAUGCACUUGGUUCAGAGCCAACAUUGCCCUACUUGAGUCCAGAACUCAAGGGAGAUAGGCUACUUGUUGGGGCCAACUUUGCGUCAGCUGGCAUUGGAAUCCUCAAUGACACCGGCGUCCAAUUUAUAAACAUCAUCAGAAUGUACAAGCAAUUAAAAUACUUUCAACAAUACCAGACCAGGUUGGCUGACCUCGUCGGAUACGAGGAAGCACAGCGGAUCGUAAACGAUGCACUUGUGCUCAUCACGGUCGGCGGCAACGAUUUUGUGAACAACUACUAUUUGGUUCCAUUCUCUCCUAGAUCUCGCCAGUUUAGUCUACCAGAUUAUGUUCGAUAUCUCAUCUCUGAGUACAGGAAACUUCUAAUGAGGCUAUAUGAUCUAGGAGCUCGGAAGGUUCUAGUGACUGGGACCGGACCAAUGGGUUGUGUUCCAGCAGAAUUAGCCAUGAGGAGCCCAAGUGGUCAGUGUGUCACUGAGCUGCAACGAGCUGCAGCCUUGUAUAAUCCACAAUUGGUUCAAAUGAUAAAUGAACUCAAUAGCCAAUAUGGCGCAAACAUUUUCAUUGCUGCUAAUACAGAACAGAAAACCAAUGACUUCAUUACAAACCCUACAGCCUACGGAUUUACAACAUCAAAAGUAGCUUGUUGUGGUCAAGGACCUUACAAUGGUUUAGGACUAUGCACUAUGUUAUCGAAUUUGUGUCCAAAUCGAGACGAGUAUGCUUUCUGGGAUCCAUUCCAUCCAUCAGAAAGAGCUAAUGGGAUAAUUGUUGACAUGAUCUUGAGUGGUUCGUCAAACUACAUGAGCCCCAUGAACCUUAGCUCCCUCUUGGCUUUGGACUCCAACACCAGGACUUAAUUAACUAGGAUUUUAUUAAGGAUUGUGUUAUAUCAAUGUCGUUGCUUGCUUGCCAUGGAUGCAUUUAAUCAUUAUCUUCUUGUGCGUUUGAAUAAAUUGCAAUUAUGUAAUGUUUCAGAAUGUUUUUAUGAGUAAAUAAUUAGUUGUAUUA